GCCAAGCUGAAGCUCCUCUACGACCGCUUGCACAUGGCCAGGCGUCGGCGGGACACUCAGGAGACCGUGCAAAACGCGCUCGAGCGUCCGCUGCGCAUAGUGGUCUCUGGGACUCUGUUUGUGACGCAUACACUGGGUCUGCCGACUUACCCUGCGCCGUCGACGGUCAAUCGUGCUAACUCGGUUCAUACCUCUCGGGGUGGGUCUGCCAGCAAUGUCUCGUCUCUGCUUGCACAGCUCCCUACCGUCGAUGCGAUGCUUGUGGCGCCAUUGGGCGGAAAUAACGAAGGGCGGAUGAUCAUCCGAGAACUCGAGAAUGAGGGAGUAAAUCUACGCUUCUGCAAGAUAUGGGACGGUUCUGGCGUACCCAGUGCGUGGGUUCUGCAUGCUGAUGAGUCAGAUACGCGCACAGUCAUCAACCACAAUCCCCUGCCUGACAUCUCGCACGAAGAAUUUGUGUCCCUGUUAGGACCGAUACUUAUUCCGGAGAACUAUCCAUUCUACAGCUCCCCUUCUCAUUCUCCAACAUUGACAACGCAUGCCCACCCAGUAGGACCGGGUGCUCCUCAGUAUCGUCAGCAGCCGCAGUCGCCGCCCCUUCCACCGGCAAGGCUGCCAGUGACGAACCCCAAUAGCCCAGCACCAUUCGAAUGGAUCCACUUCGAAGGCCGCUCGGUAAAGACCACACUAAACAAUAUGGCAGGGUUAGACGGGCUCGCGCGCGAGAGGCGAUGGCGGAGUCAUUGCGUAUUCAGCGUGGACGUCGGGCGACGCGCCAGGCAAGGAGUUGAAGCCCUGAUUCCCCAUGCGGACGUGAUUUUCCUUAAUAAACACUACGCCCAAGCGCACUCCCCUCGCUACUCCUUGACACCCCGUGCCUUCCUCCUCUCUUUGACGCCAAUCGUCCCGCAGCACGCACUCCUGGUCGCGCACUGGGGCUCGGAGGGGGCGGCCCUACUUUCCCUCCCCACGCGUGAGUAUCUCCAGAGCUCUGGCUGGGUCGACGACAAGCAGGCCGGGAAGUCGAGAGAUAACACCGUGGACUCUGCCUUUGCGCGCCAGUACAGAGGGAUGGCGGUAGCGGGCGAUGAGACCGACAGCGAUGCUGUCGUUUCCGUGAAGACCGGUAGCGAUUUCUGGGCAGGGAGCCAUACCACUUCGUCCUCCUCCUACACAGCGGCAUCUUACCAUACAAUUGGUUCCUCUGGCGAAUCAUCGGGAGACAGGCGUAUCCCGAAGCAUCGUGGGAGAUCAUCCUCUUCAUCCUCGCAGGACACGGAGAUCGCCCCGACUGAUCGUGCUAAAACCCCCUCUCGGCACGGCGCAGCUGGGGAAGUCAUGGACGAGGUCGGUGCGCAGGACGCGUUUGUGGCGGGGAUGAUCUAUGCACUGAGCCGGAGAAUCUUGCCUGGGGCGCCGUACACCCCUUACGGAACUACGAAUAAUCGUCCGGCAGGCGAUGCUCAGGAAGAUAAAGGCAAGUGGCGAUUAGACGAGUGCCUUAGGUUUGCUACUGAGCUUGCAGGGAGGAAAGCGCGUCAAAAAGGUUGGGAAGGCCUGGCCGACGACAUGCGCAGGACGGGUUGGCUCGAUGCGUGAUUUGUCUUUUAGCUGUGUUCCGGAGAGAUCCUUGUUUUUAGUGGAUGGUGCAUAGGUUGGAGCCUUCGCUUGAGUUAUCGUUCAUAAUGCUAAUGUAUAGCCUUGUUGAGCGUCACAAUUAUGUGUAAUAAUGUGACUUUUUUGUCAUUGUGCAUUCACGCUUCCGUGCAACUGCAAUUUCGACCUUUGCGCAUGCUCGG